AAAAUCUGCCUUGAACCAUAUUCUCAAAGCCCUUCGGAGCCCUAGUUUGCCCUGCUCUCUCGUCGCUAUUAAAGAAGCUUGCGGGGAAGCUGAAGUUGCCGCCGACCCGUUUCUGCUCUCUCUCUCUCUCUCUUCAGUUCUUGCCUUGUGUUUUGCCGAGCCGCGAUGUAUCUUCAGUUCUACAUUAACGAUAAUGGUGACAAAGUGUACACCACAAAGAAAGAAUCACCCCUGGGUCUCGCUACACAAUCUGCACAUCCGGCUCGCUUCUCACCUGAUGACAAAUACUCAAGGCAGAGAGUUCUUUUAAAGAAGCGAUUUGGAUUACUGCCAACCCAACAACCGCCUCAGAAAUACUAAAUGUGGGAUAUCACAUAGGUGUUCUUUUCUAGCAAAACUAAGAUCCUUGGCCCAUGUAAUAGAUUUGGUUUAAGGGUCGAAACUUUGUAGUACUGUGUGUGUCGGCACGUGCAGCCCUGUUACACAUUCCUUCGCUUGAUUACUUCACAAAAUUCAAGUCUAUCGGAUAUCCAUUUAAUGCAGUGCUUUAAAUAGGACACACAGAGAUCUGGGUGAGUAUGUUCUGAACUGAACAGUUGUUCUGCACAAGCUUCAUUGUGUUACCGCAGUCUCGUCUUUGUCCUUCAUGUCUUUCUGCCCUUCCCAUUUUCAAGAUCGUAUUAUGUGACAUCCUCGC